AUGUUCACGGAGGUGAACAUACUCAGUGACAGUGAGUUCGCACUUGCAUGGACGAAGUCUUCACGCAAGCUUCUCAUUUUUGUUACCAAUCAGACAGACAGGAUUGCAAAAAUGCGGGAGUCUUUGACCUCUAAUGGUCUGACAAGUCAAUUUUUGUCAUGCACUGCUGAUACGGGAACACGUGGUGUAAUUGCAGCCCUUAUUUACGAUCUCGACUGGAUUCGUGGACCACAUUUGCUUGUUGACGACAGAAAUGGUUGGCCGCUACGAUUAAUAGGCGAAAUAGACACAGAUUACACAGAAAAUGGAUGCAAAGUUGUACACCACAUCAACAUUGAGGUGAUGACCUCUUCGACAUCCACAACAAUCGAUUUAUCAAGAUUCUCUAGCCUGAUGAAAGCCUUACGAACAUUGGCAACUGUUGCUAAACUUCUAGUCAAAUGGGGAGGAAGAUUUAAUGUGAAGCAAAGUUUACAUAUAAUGAAAAAAAGAAGAAAAAAAGAAAAAAAAAAGCAGAAUUUGAAUCUGCAAAAGAAAUUUCUGCUCUGCUGCAAACCUGAGAUUGAGUGA